AUGGAGGAGAACGAAGAUGGAGAUGGCAAGCAUGCAGGUUCAUCGAUGCUGCACCUAGGGCGCAACAAAGGCAUCAACGCGAACAGCACCAUUACACCUCAGGGUGGUCCACAUACACCUGCCUCGGACCAGAGCUUGACGAUCACAGAACUAGAAAACUAUCAUCAGGAAUUCCUAGCCAUCACCUCAUUUCUCAUUGGCAAGAACCGCAUUUCGGAGUCGGAACGCAAUCACGUGUUCGUUCGAGGAUUUCCACCAGAGUCGUGGAGUCGCAUUUCGCAAUGCUUGCAGCUGAAGCAGCCGGAUCACUACCCAGAUGAUCUCUACUCGGUAAACGACGUCUACGAGGCCACAAAUAGCGCACCAGCAAUCAAGAGCGAGGAUAUUUUGUUGCUUAUUGAGAGCCUGGUCAAGUCAGUCCAGAUGCUCACGGCAGCUGCGACAGGUGGAAUUGUGAAGCAGAAUGGGAGUCAAGCUGUGACUGUGAGCAGGCCACCAGUCACGAAUGGAAGUCCGAGUGGAUUUUGCCACUAUUGCGGAGAAGCCGGAGGCAUGAUCAGAACAUGCAAGCACAUCGAGGAGGACAUAAAGAGCAGCAAGUGCCUAUGCAACGCAGCCAGAAAAGUUGUCCUACCGAAUGGCACCUUCGUACCUCGCACCAUUCCAGGCAUUACGAUUCACGAUCACAUUUACGAGUGGCACAGAUGCAACCAGACUCCAGUCGCAGCAUCAGUCUCAGCGGCGAAUCUAUUCGAAGUCUCGGAGGACAAAGCAAGUUCGUUCUCGCUAGGCGCAGAAGAUAGGAUCGAAGCUUUGGAACAGGAGCUAUUCAACUUAAAGCAAUCACGACCAGUCUUCAACGGAUCGGAAAAGGCAUCCGAGCAAGCGCAACCUCAGGCGGAGCCAGAGAAGGCCACUGAGAGUGCGCCGAGUACGUCAGUUCCAGCAGUCAUGGAUGCAGUGCCAGAGCAUCCUUUCCGAUUAACUAGAGACGUGUUAUACAUUCCACCAAACACACGUAACUUCGGUCAAGCCCCAAAGCCAGGAGCAAGAGAUGAAGCCUAUCGCAAUGCCCCACCAGUCUACCAGUCAGAGCUUGCGACUACGGUUUUCGAGCGAUCGAUGAAGUCGUCGGCUGUCACAUUGUCCAUGGAGGAGUUGCUGUCGAUAUCGCCAGAUGUGCGCAACAAGUAUCAUGAAGCGUGCACACUGAAGCAUGUAGUACCUCCAAGUGUGACUGGAAUGGCAACAAUCUUCGAAAAUGCGGAAGACAGCAGCGCUACGAUCGGACAGGAAGAGGAGUUCACCUGUCGAGGGGAGCCUUUAGCAGUGACAGGCUCAAUAAUACCUGAUCCCUAUGACACCUACUUGAAGCACAUUCCUAAUGGAGAUGAGCCAGAGCAACUAACAGUCGCAAAAGGCUCGCACGCAUUGCAAUCGAUAGUCACACUCAUCAACAACAAAGAGCGAGUACAGGCGAUUCUAGACCCAGGAUGCUAA